GGAAAAGAAUUAGUUCCUCUUUUAUAUAAAAAGAACAGCCCAUUUUUAAACACUCUUCACAAGCUUCUUUAUUAAAUACCUCUUACCUUUUUACUUCUUUUUUAAACAAAACAAGACCAACCCCCUUUUUCAUUUCUGUUUUAAAGGCGUUUUAAGUGAAAAAACGCCUACAAGGAAAAAGAGUAACAGCACUGGAUAAAAACACCGUUCUCUUUCUUUACGCUUCAAGCACCAUCUUUUCCAAGGCCUCCAAGAAAAGGAAUAUAAACAGUAGUAGUAGUAGUAGUAGUAGUAGUAGUAAUAGUAAUAGUAGUGAAACAAGUCCAUGAUUAUCGCCAGUCCAGCUAAAAAGGAAAUUUCUAUUCCUUUACAACCUUUAUCAACAUCCUCUUCCUCCUCUUCCUCCUCCUCUUUAUCAUCAUCAUCAUCAGUAGCAUCAAAUUCAACAGUCUCAAGCUUCCAAGAUAAGGAAGAAGUCAUUACUAAUGCUACUACUGCUGCUGCUGCUACUGUUGAUCAUGUCACCGUUCAUCCCCGUACGAGAGGUCAGAAUGAUAUGAUUACUCAAGUAUUUGGUCAAGCCAGUUUAUUUGAUACUCAAGUAAAUGACAUUUUAUCCAUUACUACUUCUCUUUCAGGAUCUACUGUGAAUAAAUCAAUCAAAACCCUCACUUGCGAAGCUUUUAUUCAUAAUGAAACUGUCUUUCUUAGUUCUCCAUUUGUAGGUACAAAUGCAGGCAUAUUGAACUGGGCGGAUGGUGAAUUUCAAUCAUGCAUUACCCAUUUGAUUGAACUCGCUGAGGAGAAGACAGGUUGCACCGCUUUGAUCGUAGCUAUCGAUCGUCGUCUGUAUAAAGAAUCGCUAAGUACAGUUCUUCGUGCUUUCAUGUACUUGGGAUUCGAAAUGGUUAGUCCUUCCGUUCAUGGUCAAGAACCUGGUUAUAUUCUUGUAGGUUAUGAACUUUAAUUUUCCCUUUUUUCUUUUUUUCUCGUUAUUCUCUCACACAUAU